UUAUUAUUCAUGAGUUUGGGCUCCAAAUAGCCCAAUCCAGGAUCACAUCCUCCACGGCCUUUACGCUUCAUUUCUUCUUCUCCGCUCUGUCGACCAGAAAGGCUUUAGGGUUUAUCAGCUUACUCUCUCUCUCUCUCUCUCUCUCUCUCUCUCUCUCGUGUGCACGAUCACCAUGACGAAGAUGAGGAAGCUCAACCGUCCAACUGGGCAUCGGCUUUCGAUGCUCAGAACAAUGGUUUCGCAAUUGGUGAAGCACGAGAGGAUCGAAACUACUGUGGCUAAGGCAAAAGAAGUCCGUCGGCUUGCUGAUAACAUGGUAAACCUUGGAAAAGAGGGCACUCUUUGUGCUGCAAGGCGUGCUGGUGCCUUUGUGCGAGGAGAUGAUGUCCUCCACAAGCUAUUUACAGAACUGGCUUACCGAUACAGAGAGAGAGCAGGUGGAUUCACAAGACUACUUCGAACACGAAUACGAGUUGGUGAUGCAGCACCCAUGGCAUAUAUUGAAUUUAUAGAUAGAGAGAAUGAGCUGAGGCAGUCAAAGCCACCGGUCCCCCAACCACCGCAGAGAGCCCCUUUGGAUCCCUGGACGAAAUCCAGGCUUAGCAGGCAGUUUGCACCCCCUAAAGAAGACAAAAGUUCUGAAUCAGAUGCUUGAAGUAUGUUGUUAAAAUUUUCAUCUAAAGAUUUUGUUUCCAUUGUUUGUUGGUGUGUAAUAUAUUGAAGUUCCUCAAAGUUUACAAAAUAUGCAGCACCGGGCAAAAUAAGGUCGAUGUUAUGAGUUCAGUGCACUGUACUCAGAAUUUUCAAACGCCAGGUUUAGCAUUUUAUGGACUUUCUUCUGAACUUCCAAACUGAAA